GGAGACGGAUCACUGCAUUACUUCCUUCAUGUUUUUUUUGGAUAUGACUAGCAUUCCUCCCCUUACACACACCCUCUUUUUUCCCCAGCCCCCAUCUCUUACAUGCAUUACAAGCUCAUACAAACACUCUCACGUUCUCUGAAGCGAAAGCAAGAGCAACAGUUGGACUGAAGCCAGAGGACUUAGACUUCGCUUCCUCGUUGCCAGCAGGCUUUGUUCUUUGGACUCACUCAGAACUGGGGAGAACGUCUUCAGUGCUGAUUGUGAGUGGUUGGAACUUGGCAACGCGGCUGUCCAUUAUUUUUUUUCUGUGCUCCUCUGCAAACUAGACUGAAUUCAGAGCAGCAAAACUAGGAGCCAGGAAUAGUCAAGAAAUAAAGGAUCCGGAGACCAUCAGCUAUCAGCUUCUUUGUGGGUGGUGGGGGUCCGUCUGUUCCGCAACGAUGGUUCUGUGAAGGAAAAGAACUCCAGAAUUCCCCUGACAUUCAGAUCCAUUCUGGAAGUGGAGGACUUCAUUCACUAAUAAUAGCAGAAGCCUUUGAAGACGAUACUGGCCGCUACACUUGUCUGGCUUCAAAUUCCAUUGGUUCAGAUAGUACGUCAGCUGAAAUAUUCAUUGAGGGUGCCAGUUCCACAGAUUCAGAGAGUGAAAGUUUAAUUUUCAAAUCAAAAUCUGGAGCUAUGCCACAGGUCCAAAAGAAAACCACCUCUGUUUCCUUGACAAUAGGAUCUUCUACACCAAAGUCUGGAGUCACCACAGCUGUCAUUCAACCUAUCUCUGUGCCCAGUCAGCAGGCUCAAAGCCCUACUUCAUACCUGCACCAUGUGGAUGGACCUAAGCCUAUCUAUUCUGCACUCAUUUUUACAAAGGAGCUACAAAACUCCACAGCAUCUGAGGGACAAGUCGUGGUAUUGGAAUGCAGGGUCAGAGGACUCCCUCCCAUUCAUGUUAAGUGGUUUCGUCAGGGCAUUGAAAUUCAAGAUUCUCCAGACUUCAGAAUUCUCCAAAAAAGUAAGGCAAUAAUCUGA